GAUUUAUUACUAGUGUCAACCAAUUUGACAGUUUAAAUGACACGAUGUCGUCUGUGACGAUGCCGUUACUGGAUGAUGAUACAAUAGCAUUUGGAGAGGAAGAAAACCAUGAAAAAAAUAAAGGAUCGUUAACGCAUCCAUAUGUAACUUUCUUUCAUUUGGCUUUUAGAGGCACUUCGAUAGUUGUUUAUAUGUUAUGUGGUUGGUUUAGUAAAAGUUUUAUAGCCAGUUUUGUAACUGUCAUAUUAUUAUUAUCAAUGGAUUUCUGGACUGUGAAAAACAUAACUGGCAGGUUAAUGGUUGGUUUACGAUGGUGGAAUUACAUUGAUGAAGAAGGAGUCUCACAUUGGGUUUUUGAAUCAAGAAAGGGUACACAGAAUCGAAUAAAUGAUAGAGAAGCUAAUAUUUUUUGGACAGCAUUAGUAUUGACUCCAUUUUUAUGGGGUAUAUUUUUCAUUAUUGCACUUUUUGGAUUAAAAUUAGAGUGGUUGUUAUUGGUUUUAAUUGCUUUGGUCCUCAAUUUUGCAAACUUAUAUGGGUAUAUAAAAUGUAAAGUUGGAAAUUCAGACAGUCUAAGUACUGUUACACAAGAUUUCUUUAGGAAACAAUUAUUUCAAAAUGCAGUAUCAAUGGUUGCUCGCCAAGCAGCAGCCCCACCAUCAAAUCCUUUAAGUCAGCCAUCAAAUACCAUUUAAAAACAUUGCCAAUAAUUUAUGUAUACUUUUGUGAUAAUAUAAUUUAUGUAUUAGUCCCUAAUUUUUAUUUAAAAUAAUUUAAUAAAAG